AUGGCUCAAGCAUUCCAAGCUGCUUUCUGCGUCGAAACAUUCGACAAGAAUAAAACGAAGUGGAGUCGCUGGGUAAGUCGACUCGAAGGUGCUUUCGGUUUGUUUCAUGUGCUGGAGGCACAGAAGAGAGACUUUCUCCUCCAUUUUAUGGGUUCGGAAACCUACGAUAUAUUAUGCGACAAGUUAUCACCUGCGCAGCCAAAUGACAAAACGUUUAAAGACAUCGUCGAAUUAUUGGAACAGCACUUCAACCCGGAUCCUUUGGAGAUCGUCGAAAACUAUAAAUUCCAUUUGCGGAAGCAACAGGAGGGGGAGAAUGUCUGCGAAUUCCUCGUUAACCUAAGAAGACUGGCGGCAUCAUGUAAUUUUGGUGAGUACCUUCUUACGGCUCUUCGAAAUCAAUUCGUUUUCGGACUCAAAUCAAAAGUUAUGCAAAACCGAUGCCUGGAACAGAGAAAAUUAACAUUGGAAAUGGCACUUGAUAUUGCGAAAGGCAUCGAGUUAUCCGAAGAAGGUGGUGUAGUGCUCGGAAAUGUUCAGGAUGUUACAUCGGCAGUGAACAAAAUAACGACGAACAAGUCGAGACAGGGUAAAAUUCCAAACUUUCAGGCUAAAUUAAACAUUAAAGCUAACGCGAAAUCAGUAUUUGUAAGGCAUAGAUCUAUACCAUUUGCUAUAAGAGAAGGGGUAGAACUGGAAAUUAACAAGAUGGUAAACGAUGGUAUCUUGGAAAAAGUAAAUGCUAGUGCAUGGGCGACACCGAUUGUUCCAAUAAGGAAAACUAAUAACCAGAUAAGACUGUGUGGCGAUUACAAAGUCACGAUUAACCCGUGUUUGAUAGUUGAUGAGCAUCCUCUGCCAACAAUUGAAGAGUUAUUUGCAUCAAUUAGCGGAGGAAAUAAAUUUUCAAAAAUUGAUUUGACCAAGGCUUAUCUGCAAUUAGAAGUCAACGAGGAAUGUCGAGAUUAUUUGACCUUAAGUACACAUAAAGGUUUAUAUAGACCAACAAGACUAAUGUAUGGCAUCUCAUCAGCGCCAGCUAUUUGGCAACGAUAUAUGGAGGAAUUAUUGAGCGAUAUUCCUGGAGUAUCCAUUUUCAUCGAUGAUGUCAAGAUAACUGGCCGGGAUAAUGAAGAACAUUUGGACAGAUUGUUUCAAGUUUUGAGUCGUCUCGAUAAAAACAACAUGCGUAUCAAUGUAAACAAGUGUCAAUUCUUUCAAGAUAAAAUCGAAUAUGUCGGAUACGAAAUCGAUAAAAACGGUAUUCAUAAAACAAAGAAUAAAAUCGAAGCCAUUGAUCAGAUGCCAGUACCAGAAAACAAGGACCAAGUGAGAUCAUACGUAGGAAAAAUGUACCAUUUGUUUGGAAUAAAAGCUGCCAAACUGCUUUUGACAAAAUCAAAAUCCACAGACGCUUCACCAUACGGUGUAGGAGCUGUUCUCAGCCAUGAAUUCCCGGAUGGAACAGAAAAGCCAAUAAUGUACGCCUCUCAGACGUUGACACCUACCCAACAGAAGUACAGUCAGAUUGAUAAAGAGGCUUAUGCUAUCACGUAUGGAGUGAAGAGAUUCUACCAAUACGUAUAUGGCCGGAAGUUCACUCUUGUAACAGACAACAAGCCAGUUUCCCAGAUUUUUUCCCCUAAAAAGGGAAUGCCAGUUUUAUCGGCAACACGCAUGCAACAUUAUGCAGCUUAUCUUCAAUGCUUUGAUUAUGAUAUAGUUUUUAGAAGAACUGAAGAUCAUUGCAACGCAGAUGCAAUGUCAAGAUUGCCUAUCAAAAAAAUAUCAAAAUUUACAAUGGAUGAGGCUGAUAUAUUGGAAAUAUCACAAAUCGAAAAUUUACCGUUGACAGUGGACGAACUGGGAAAAGCAACUAUUAAUAAUGAUAAUGUGAAGGUUUUAGUACAAGGUUUAAGAACGGGAAGAAUUGUAGAACCAAAAUACAGAUUUGGAAUUGACCAAAACGAGUUCACAUUACAGCAAAAUUGUAUCAUGCGAGGGAUGCGAGUGUUCAUUCCUGAAACUCUCCGUAAACGGGUUCUUAGCGAGCUGCAUGCAUCACACUUCGGGGCAACUAGAAUGAAAUCUCUAGCGAGAAGUUAUUGCUGGUGGGAAAGGAUCGAUAGUGAUAUAGAAGAUUUGGUAAAAAACUGUCCGGACUGUCAACGAAUAAGAAGCAAUCCUCCUAAAACUUCCGUGCAUUGUUGGGAAGCACCCACUGAACCUUUCCAAAGAGUACACAUUGAUUUUGCAGGUCCAUUUCUGGAUACAACUAUAACCACCUGUAGGAAUAUUUUCAGCCGUUUUGGUAUACCGUCGGUUUUAGUUAGCGAUCACGGAGUUCAAUUUACAAAUUACAAAUUCAAAGAAUUCUUGAAGAUGAACGGAAUCGUGCACAAAAUGGGAGCGCCAUACCACCCUGCAACUAACGGCCAGGCAGAACGUUACGUGCAAACAAUUAAACAAAAAUUAAAAACAUUAGGACCGGACACGACAGAUUUAAAUACCGAAUUAUGCAGAAUCCUUUUGGACUACAGAAAGAUGGUUCAUCCUGCGACAGGAAAAUCGCCCUCUAUGAUGGUAUUCGGACGCGAAAUUAGAUCCAGAAUUGAUUGCAUGAUACCAUUUAGGUGUUUCAAUUCAAUCGAAGCUAAGAGGGGAAGAUCACUUGAAGAAAAUGACAGAGUUGCUGUGCGUGAAUACCUCGACCGUGGAGUAAAGUGGAGAUUUGGACAAAUCAUAAGAAAGCUAGGACUUCUUCAUUAUUUAGUAAGGAUGGAUGAUAAUCGUAUUUGGAAACGCCACAUUGACCAGAUUCGCCAAAUAGGCAUAGAUGUAAAAAAUCAACAAACCUAUGACGUUUCCAGAGAAGAACAUCCUCCUUCACUUAACAUUCAGCAACAUUACAAUGGUGGAGAUAUGCUUACAGAUACUGAAACAUCCGAUAAUAACAUUUCAAUGAAUAAUGAAAAAAAUCAUCAAAACUGUACUGCUGGUGAAGGUAUAAAUGAUGACUCAAAUUGUAAUCAAAAUAAAAAUGUAAUUAAGAUUUUACGAAGAUCAAAUCGUAUUAUUAAAGCACCAGAUCGACUAGAUAUUUAA